AUGAGCGCCGGCCGCUAUGCAGCCACCCGCUUUUCCACUCUCUUGCCGACCUUUGACAAGGUUGAGAACCCCUUCACACUGCUCGCCCUACUCAACAAGCAACAAUGGAUGUUUUUCCUCAUAUCUUUCUUCGCGUGGUCUUGGGACGCUUUCGACUUCUUCACCGUCUCACUAACUGUCGAGAACCUCGCCGAGACCUUUGACGUCAGCAACAAGGACAUCACGUGGGGCAUUACUCUCGUGCUGAUGCUGCGAUCAGUCGGCGCCAUCACUUUCGGAAUUGCUGCUGAUCGAUAUGGCCGUAAAUGGCCCUUCAUCGUCAACAAUGUCCUUUUCAUCGUCCUCGAGAUGUCCACUGGAUUCUGCAACACCUACCACCAAUUCUUGGGCGUGCGAGCGCUCUUUGGGAUUGCCAUGGGCGGACUUUACGGCAAUGUUGCUGCUACCGCCCUAGAAGAUUGCCCGGAGGCCGCUAGAGGUAUUAUCUCUGGUAUGCUGCAACAGGGAUACGCUUUUGGGUACCUGCUCGCAACUGUCUUCUCGAGAGCUUUUGUGAACACUGUCGGCCAUGAAUGGCGCCCGCUUUUCUGGUUCGGCGCUGGCCCACCAGUUCUGCUGAUCAUCUUCCGUCUCAUGCUCCCCGAGACGCAGGCAUUCCAAGAGCGCGAAAGGGUCCGCAGAGCAGGCCACAGCGUCGCACACACCUUCAUUGCCGAAGGGAAAGUCGCCCUGAAGAAGCACUGGCUCAUAUUGAUCUACAUGGUCUUGCUAAUGGCUGGAUUCAACUUCAUGUCUCACGGCUCCCAGGAUCUCUACCCGACCAUGCUCACUAAUCAAUACAACUUCAGCCCCAACGCCGUCACCGUCACCCAAGUUGUCGCCAACCUGGGCGCCAUGAGCGGUGGUACCGUAAUUGGCUACUGUUCUCAGAUCUUCGGCCGCCGCUUCAGCAUCGUCUUCAUCUCCAUCGUCGGCGGCGCCCUGCUCUACCCCUACUGCUUCGUCACUGACACCAAGAUUAUUGCCCCGGCCUUCUUCGAGCAGUUCUGCGUUCAAGGCGCCUGGGGCGUCAUCCCCAUCCACCUGAUGGAAAUGUCUCCAGGAUCGUUCCGGACGUUCGUGGUCGGAACUGCGUACCAGCUCGGAAACCUCGUGUCGUCCGCCUCCAGCACCAUCGAGUCAACGAUUGGUGAGCGCUUCCCGCUGCCGCCGAAGAUCGCGGGCAAGAAGAAAAUCCCCCGGUAUGAGUACGGCAAGGUCAUCUGUAUCUUCAUGGGGUGCGUGUACGCGUACACUAUCGUGUUGACGAUCUUGGGGCCUGAGUUCCGGAAUCGCAACUUUGAGGUUUCGCAUGAUGAGGAUAUGACUGAGGCGGUGAAGAAGGAUCAGGCCGAGAUUCAGAAAAUUGUGCAGGGCGGCGAUGAUAGGCGUGAGGAUGUCGAGAAGGCGACGCAGUAG